CAACCACAUGACAUUUUUGCAAACAAAUCUCAUUGGUCUGUGAUAAGUGAAGGUCGAGCGAAAUUAAAAAAAGUUUAUAUAAAAAAAAAAACACAAACACAAACACGAAAGUUAAAUGCGAGCAUAAACCACAAACGAGAAACUUUUGAAAUUAGUAAAAUUGUAGAAAUCAUUUAACGCUUCAAAUAAUUUGCAUACAACACUGAACAACAAACAAACAAAUUAAAGUGCGGUUUCACACAAAAAGGCAAAAAGAAUUAACAAAAAAAAUUGUUUAGUCAAAUUAUAAUACAAUUCCAAAAUAACAGCUGCGAAUCGGCACUUCAUUAAACAUCAAAGCGAAUUGCCGCAAACCACAAACGUGCAACAGACGCAACGAGAGCAAACAAAUUUGAUAAAAUGUUGGCAAUGCCCACGCUGAUGAUGCCAGCAACUGCACAGAUGACGCUCAGCAGUCAGCCACUGUCGGUGGCCGCCAAGCCGUACGAGACUAAGCUGCUGGCCAUACACCAGACGCACUUGCAGCAACAGCAGCAGCAGCAGCAGCAACAAGCGCCUGCCAAUCAGCAGCAGCAACAGCAGCAGCAGCAUCAGGCCAAGCAGUCACAGCAAACUUCGCAGCAAAUGUCCAUUGUGACCACUCAGCAGCAGCAGCAUCCACAGUCGCAGUCACCGCAUCUGCAGCAGCAGCAAUCGCAGCAACAGCAGCAGCAACAACAACAGCAGCAGGCAGUUGCCGCUGCCGCCGCAGCAGCAGCCGCUGCUCAUCAUCAACAGCAGCAGCAGCAAGCAGCUGUCGCCGCUGCCGUCUGUGCCGCUCAGCAGCAAGCUGUGGCCGUGCAACAGCAACAACAGCAGCAGCAGCAGCAGCAGCAACAGCAAUAUCAAAUUCACUCACAGCAACAGUCGCCGCAGCAGGUGCUGAGCGUGUCGCCCAAGCAGGAACAAUUUCACAUUUUCGUCGGUGACCUAAGUUCAGAAAUCGAAACUCAACAAUUGCGUGAGGCAUUCACACCAUUUGGCGAAAUCUCCGAUUGCCGCGUCGUGCGUGAUCCACAGACCCUAAAGUCAAAGGGCUAUGGCUUUGUGUCGUUUGUAAAGAAAUCGGAAGCUGAGAGCGCCAUUACGGCCAUGAAUGGCCAAUGGCUUGGCUCGCGCUCAAUUCGCACGAAUUGGGCCACACGGAAACCGCCGGCGAGUAAAGAGAACAUUAAGCCAUUGACUUUCGAUGAGGUUUACAACCAGAGCAGUCCCUCCAAUUGCACCGUCUAUGUGGGCGGCGUCAACAGCGCGCUCACCGCUUUGAGCGAGGAGGUGUUGCAAAAGCAUUUUGCUCACUACGGUGCCAUACAAGAGAUACGCGUCUUCAAGGACAAAGGAUAUGCUUUUGUGCGCUUCUCCACCAAGGAGGCCGCCACGCAUGCCAUUGUGGGCGUGCAUAAUACCGAAAUCAAUGCACAGCCUGUGAAGUGCUCCUGGGGCAAGGAGAGCGGCGACCCGAACAAUUCACAGACCAUGGCCAGUCAGGCUCUGAACAGCGCUGCCGCUGCCGCCGCCGGCUUCCCAUACGGCAUUAGCGCUGCCACAGCCGCCGCUGCCGCCUAUGGCCAGCAACUGGCCGCCACUGGCUGCUGGUACUCGCCCACGCCCACAUAUCCGGCCUCGACCGCCACCGCAGCCGCCGUCACUCCCGCCGCCGCGGCGGCCAGCGCUGCCGCUGUACAGAACCAGUUCCUGCAGGGCAUACAAGGCUAUCAUUUUGGCCAGUACGGAGGCUACCAGCAGGGCUAUAUGGGCAUGGGCGUGCAGAUACCCGCCACAUGGCAAGGCGUCACCCAGGCACAAAUCUCGCCGGCUCAGCAGCUGGCAACGGGCGUGGCUGGCACGGCCAUACCACAGGCCGCCGGCGUCGUUGCCUAUCCGAUACAGCAGUUCCAAGUGAGCCCACAGUUGCCAGAAGAGGAAUGGUUAGCUGCAAAUUUAUUGUGUUAGGUCUAGAGCAAGAGUUACAAACGCCUAAGAACAAGAACACCUCAUUAGGCAACACUUGACAGCUUACAGUUUACCGUUUACAAUUUACAGUUUACAGUUUGUGUGUGCUCUCGCGCUCUCUCUCUCUCUCACUCUGUUUCAGUCUACCUCUUAGUCAAUUUGCAUAGUUCGAGAGUAAAAAAAGUAAAAAAAAUGUAUUUUAUUUAUCUGAUGGCGGUUUUCAGCUGAAACAAAUUACAAACAGAAUAAAAAAAGAAAAGCAAAUGGCAUUUUGUAGAACAUGCACAUGCGGGUUAGACAUUAGCUAGAGCGCCCUCAUACAAACAAAAACACCCACACACACACACACACGUACAUAAGUAUAUAUUUGAAAACAAUCAAAUUAUGCCAUCGAAUGAUAUUAAUUGAUAUUAGCUAUAAUAAUACGAAUAUACAUAAAUGCAUACUAUAUGUAGUAUAAAACGAUAACUAUUAAGCGCAAGCCGCAUUGGUGAAUAAUAAAACAGCAAUCACACACCCACACACACACACACAUACAUAGAAUGCAAAUUCAGCAGGUUCUGUUUAAUGUUAUGCAACAGCAACAACAACAACAACAACAAUACUAAACAACAGCAAUUAGCGAGAAAUUCAACAGAAUGAUAACCGUUAUACAUUUAUACGUAUGUAUAGCACAUUGAAUUCAAUUAUUUUUUAAAUGAACCAUAAAUAUGUAGCCAGACAACAACAUAACAUAUUCACGCAUGUAGAAUUUUCUGUGCUGCCCUAAAGAAUUUUAAUUGGGCUCGGCUCGCCGGCUACAAAACAAAUCUGCUGGUAAGUGCGAACCUCGCUCUCGAUGAUGAUAUACAAUGAUUAGUUUUAGGACUCACUCGAAUACUCGAUAGAGAAUUAGCAGCAUAAACCAUUUACGUAGUAAGAACACACAUACAUACAUUAACAUGA